GACACGUAAAACGUAAUGAGUAAGCCCGUAGGCAUAGUAACUCGAUUAUUCUAAUAUUCCAAUAUUAUUAUGCUCGUAGGUACAAGCAACAAAAUAAUAUUGCCGCCUUGAAUCAUAUUAUCAAGCGUGGGUACUUCGUUGCCGCCACAAUUUAAAAUAAUAUUUUAUUGUGUCGUUGAUCGUGGGCAAUAUUAUCAGAACAUUUUUGAUAGCGUCUCAUAAAAUUAAAUGGGCUCUCGCCUCUCAUAUUGGCGCGCAGUCUCGACUUAUAAACGACACACAAAUAAUAUUAUUUACAAGUGGCGGACUUACCCGUUGUGCCAGCCUUCGUCGGCGGGCGGAUCGGCCGUUCACUCGAAACGGGUGGCGUGAGUGGAUUGGACCGAGUCCCCUCGGUGCGCCGGAAUCCCGACCACCUCAUCCCGCCGGGCCCACCCUGCGGUAUCCAUAGCAGCCGUCACCGCGCUGUCGCGUCUCGAGCUGCACAUCGUCUACUGAUCUUUUGAUACACCUAACUACGUAGUCAUUCCGUUGGAUUCGUGUCGACUAGCUGACGAAGUGACGAUCGACGCACUGACGGUGUUUUGCAACUAUUGCAAGUGCCCCCCAUAAGUGCACAUAGACUGCUGCUCCGUUCGGGUUCUGCUCUGUUGUACGUACAAACGUAUCCUGUCGACAUGGAACGAGCACCGUCCAGCGGACAAGGUCCCAAGAGGAGAAAACCAAAUCGUAUUAUUGAUCUGGAAAUAAAACGCUCCAUUGGAGCUAUAUCUAUCACGGAAUAUAAACGUCGUAUAAUUAUUAAUGAGAUUAAUAAUGUCGCGUAUGCACUUCAUAAAACAUCUUUGCCAGCAAUUUACAUUAAUCCAAUGAGUACAGGCGCUCCAAAUUAUGUGCAAGAUGAUAUUUUAGGUAUGGAAGUUGAUCCAAAAGAAAGUAAAUGUUUACUAGUCAUAUCCAGAUACAACAGUGUAGCUAUUUACAACGUUUCACAAAAUGUUCAAAUUUUUGAUCAAAUAAAGCGAAUGACAAUUCCACAUGACCCUAUUGAUAAUAAUGGAUCACCAAAUUCAGCACAUUGGCUUUGGGAUGGUACAGUAUUUACAGUUUGCACUAUGGAUUCUGUACACUUUUGGGAUUCAUUUACUUGUAAGAUAAUUGAAACUGUGAAAAUGCGUACAAAAGUUUUGAACCAUGUGAUGGCUGCGAAAAAAUAUAGUAUUAACAAAUAUGUUGCAGUGACAGGAAUAGAAGGACACGUAUUCAUGAUUGAUAUGAUGCAUGGUAUUGUUGUAAUGACUAUGAGAAAUAUUGAAAAAAACCCUAUAAGAGCUAUCCAUUGGCAUCCAACAAAUGAAUUACAAUAUGUUACUGGCAAUGACAAUGGAAAUAUUUACCUGUGGGAUAUUCGUUUUCAAAGAGAUUUUGUUUUCAAAUUCAAAAAUGAAGAUUCCUUCUCUGUAUCAACAAGCCAUACUAAUCCAGUUAUUGGGUUACGGUUUUAUAAUGACGGAAAUAGUGUUAUAUCUGUUGAUAACAAGGGAGGCAUCAAAACUUGGGAAGUUAGUACAGGUCAUCUACGUCCUAACCACUAUGAAUCUGUAGCAUUGUGUGACCUUAACAAGAAUCAUAUUUUUAAAGAUUAUCAAUUUGCUGUUACUGAAAAUUUGAAAGAAGACAUUGUGUUUUUGCCAUCAAAAAGAGGAAUGAGAAUAUUUGAUAUUGAAAGUGGUGAACAUUUACCUUUUUCUAAUGAUAUACCUCUACCGAUGAACUGUGCUACUUAUGAUAGUAAACGAUUUUGUGUUUAUGGAGGAUCUAAUGACUUAAUAAAAUUAUGGACACCUGAAAAAAAAAUGACUCAGUGAACUGUAUGUUAACGAUGGCAAAUUUUAUUAAUAAAUUUAUCAUUGCAUCAAUUUUAUCUUACAGUAUUCUAAUUUCUUUCCCUUCAUAAUGUUAUACCUUUAUAUUGUCUCAAUUUAUACUAGGUACUACAUUGUUAUUAUAUGUUUUAUUUUCCCUGUAAAAUUAGUAAAAAUUUUAAAUUUUACCUAGUUUCAAAAUCUGGAGGUUUACUUAGCCCCAAAAAUAUUUUGUCAAGACCCAAUGCUUGUACAAUUUACAUUCAAAGUUCUGCGUGCUAAAUAUAAUAUGACCAUUAUUUGUAAAACAAACCAUGAAAUAUUUUUUUGGAUUUAAACUAUUCUUAAGAACUGUAAGUUACAUCAAACAUGCAAUUAUUUUUUCAGUUAAUAUUACAAUGCAAGGCCAAAUUACAUUAAAUACUUAAUAGGAUGUUAUAUCCACAUUAAUAAAAAUAUACAUUUAUAUUAUUUAAUAUAACUUAUAAAAUUUAAGUCUUACUGUAAAUACUUAUUUUGGGAGAGUAAAACGUUUAAAAUAGUUAUAAUGUAUAUAUAUCUAGGAACCUAUGGAUUGUCAUAAAUUUCCUGAUUCAUUCCAUUGUACUCGGGUUGAGAAAUUUAGUGUUAUUUGAAAAAAUGAUCACACUAAUUUGUCUUCAAAAACUACUAGUUUCAUGGUUUUUUGUUUGUUUGAAAGUUUAACGAGAGUUACCUAAUUUCAUCCUAUAAAAAACUAGUAAAUACUAACAUCUAUACUUGUCACUCAUAUAGCUUGAAUACCCAAUUGGAAUAUGUAAAUUAACAUGCAAUACGUACAAUUGCUUAUAUUUUCUUACAUGAUAAAUAAUCAGGCAUCGGGUCCACAAAUAAAAUUUGUACAUAGUUACUAUACUAGUUCAUUGAUUUAAAGAUCUCUAUAUUUAUUUUAAUUUUUGAUUAUUAUUAUAUACAACUAUUUUUCUUUAAUGUAUUAACUAUUGUUUAUUAGUUCUUAUAACAUUUUGUGUAUAAUUGUUUAAUUUACUAUGAAUACAAUUAUAAUUAUAAUAAUAUGCUAUUUAAGUUUUGUCAAAAAAAUACGGAGUGAUUUAAAUGAUAAAGAAGUUCAAUGAUUUUUUGUAAUAUUUUUAAAUACAUUAUUACUAUUAUUCUAUUAUAAGUUAUGCAUCACGCAUUAAAAUGUAACUUAGAAUAAACAAUUUAAUACAUGUAAUUUUUUCAU